GUGGUAGUUGAGGGUUUGCAGUGAGCAGUCUCACAUGGUCUCACAUUCACAUAGUCACAUAUUAAUCACAUGAUUUAGUCACCUGAAUGAAAGGAAAGAUUUUCAGUUUGUAAAUAUAUAGAUUCAUUUGUCAGAAAAUAGUUUAUUUAUUCAACAAUGUUACUUAAUUUGGUAUUGAUCUCUUUUAUUCUUGGAGCAGUAAACGCCGAAGGAAAUUUUAUAAUUUUACAUAAUCCAAAUAGUGUACAAUUUAAUGGCAAUGAAGAAGUCGAUCAAAGCUUUUUAAAAGAAGUUUUUUCCGCAGCCCUUGGACUUACUGUGAAACAAAGGGGAAAUUGGAAGGGAAUGAGCAUUCUUGAUUCGUUUAAUUUACCUGAAGCUGUCGUAGUAAUUGCUGUUGAAGGAAAGGAUUCACUAAAUUCAACAAGAGGUAUACUGUUUCCUCUUAAUGCUGAUGAAAAUGAAGAAACUACUUGGCAAGCUUUAACUGGACGUUUGGGGAAAAAAGAUGAUAAUAACACUCUAGUGAGAAUUUACCUUGGUGAUGGACUCGAUGCUCUUGGGCAAUCUUCUCUCGGUGAAUUGAAGCCAAUGCCUAUUGAUCCAUCAUCUCUGCAAUUUUUAAGUCUAAAAUGUGAAGAAGAUAAAAAGUUUCUCGAAGAAGUUCAACUUUUGCGAGAGAUCGCUAAUAAAAUAACUUCUACUAUAACUACCAAGGAUUCGAAUCCGGAUGUUUAUUGGUUUGUAGUAUCUGGUUUGAGUCGUGUAAUUGAAUUACAUGGAAAAGGUUCACCCUCUUCAACUGAAGCUCUUGCACUUUUGAAUGAUGCUCUUAAUGAUGUCAGCGAGUCAUUUGUUAAUGUGUACAAUGGGAAAGUACUAACUGCUACGUUUACCAAUGAUCAGAGUCAAGUUCGUCGUACUAGAUCUCUGAAUUUAAAUAGAGUUUACCGAGAUACGAGUGAAAAUGAUACUCCGAAAGUGGCUGCGGAUAAAAAUCUCGCAAAGAAAUACAGUAAAGACUAUCCUGUUAUUUUCAACAUCAUUCUAUGGUUUGGCGUUAUAUUCUUCUUCUCACUCCUAGCUAUAUGUAUUGCUAUCGCCAGUAUGGAUCCUGGACGUGAUUCUAUAAUAUACAGAAUGACGUCAAAUCGAAUGAAAAAGGAAAAUUAGAUCAAUUUCAUUUUAUUUUAUGUACAUAAAUAAAAUGCUCGCGUUAUGUGAAAAAUUGACAGUGAGUAGAUAAUCCAAUCAGUUAAUGAACUUUGUUUUAGAGUACCACCUGUGUAAAAUGGUGAAAAAUACAAAAAUAUCCUGAAUUUUUAGGUUUUCAUAAGGCAAUUUAACAUGUAUUUAACAGAAGGUUAAAAAGGCAUUUUUGUCGAACAAAUAUUGGCGUUUAUUAAAGGCAGCACUUGACAUCCACGUAACAGUUUUAUUUUUCUUCUUCUCGUUAUGUAAUGUAGAGGCAAAUAAAUUGUUUACCGUUGCUUGCGCGAUAAAAGAUUAAAGACAACUGUUAUUUCUUCUAAUUGUUGUAAUAGCCCUGUGAUUGCCAAAAAAAAUCUCAUUUGAAAACGAGGUGCACAAUGACAACCAUUUUACCUUAGGAGGCAAUUUGAAAGGCUGAAAUAAUUUUUUUCUUGUAAAUAUCCAUCAAAGAUUGGUAAUCCCACAAAGAUCUAUAACAAUCUAUAAAGUUGUAAUUUUUGUAAUUUUACAGAUUUCUCCACUAAAUUAUAAAGCGUGAAUGUUUAUGAGAAAAAAAACAUUUUAACGUUACAUUUCAUCAUAGUAAAAAUAUUCUUGUAAAUAUCCAUGAUUUAUGAUUCUGUAUCAAUUUGUAAAAUUACAUGUUUUUAAAUUCUUUUAAAGCUGUUAAUAACUUGUUAGUAAAAUUAACAAAAAGCUUUUGUAUCUACUAAUUAGAAUAUAUCAAUCACACAGGAUGCAUUUUAAAAUUUUAAAAUUCUACAAAUUAUAAUUACGAUUGCUUUAAUACCAAUUUAAGCAAAAUUAUCAAACAGAAAUUACUCUCAAUUAUUUAUACUAUUCUUCCUGCAUUCCAAGAAAGAAAGGUACCAAAUAGUAAAAAGUAUAUUGUAAUGUAUAAUGAUUCUUUAGCUCUAUAAUUAUGUGUGAUAGAUUCAAGUCAGGAAUGAAAUGUUUGACAAAAUAAUGUUAUGUAAAAAAAAUAAGUGUAGCUAUUAUUAAAGUUAUAAUUUCCAGAGACUGCAACAUUCAGUCAUUUUACUGCAAUAAAUUGUAUCAAAUGUUUUGUCUAAAUCGCAGUCAAAUAAAUAAAAAAUAAUAGUAUAUAAAUUUA